AUGGUUUUGUCCUGGAUCAUCAAGACCCUUUCACCCCAGAUUGCAGAAAGUGUUAUCUAUGUUGACAAUGCCAAAGAUUUGUGGGAAGCACUUAAAGAAAGAUUCUCUAAAGGAGACAACUUCAAGAUUUCAAAUUUAUUACAAGAUAUCCAUUCUAUUAAGGAGGGAGAAAGAAAUGUCAGCAAAUACUUCAUUGAUUUAAAGAUUCUUUUGGAAGAAUUAGAAUCACUUGUUGCACAUGUCAAAACCCCUUUACUUCAAGAAAGGCAAGAAAGACAAUAUCCUGGAGGUAUCAGUCAGAAUGACUUUUUCAAAAUUUUGGCUAGCACCUCUAACAAACCUAAUUGGAAAUCUCAAGGUCAUGGCACUGCCUCCCAUGGCCAAGGAAGAGGAAGAGGGAGAAAUCCAAAUUAUGGGAAACAAUGUUCCCAUUGUCACAAGAUGAAUCAUACAGUUUAUGAGUGUUACUCUAAACAUGGCUACCCACCAUGGUAUAAGAAAAAUGACCACCAAACCAGUCAGGACAGAGGAGGCCAGAAUGAAUGGGGUUAUGCUAAUGCUUGCAAAGAUGAUUUUACCUCUACCCAGACACAAAAUGCUCAAUUGGAAAAUAGUAGUAAUUCUAAGCAAAUUUUCACUCCUGAAGAGAUGCAUAAAUUGUUAAAAAUGAUAAAGGGCAUUGAUAACCCUUCACACAAUAUUAGUCAAGUGCAGAGAAACACCUGGAGACAGCCAAG